AUGAAGCUAGAGGAGGUGCAGGCCCAGCUUCAUGAUCUGGAGCACAAAAUCCUGAGUCGUGUGACAGAGGAGCAGGACAAGUCUGUGAGCAAACCUGCUGCCAUCUUGUGGCCGACCCUCUUGAAGGAAGGAGUGAUCAUCGAGGUGACCAAGGAGGAAGUGCACCAGAUCAUACAGCAGGCGCUGAAAGAAUACAGUGAAGAUCGCAUCGGGCUUUUGGAAUAUGCCCUGGAGUCCUCAGGUAGGUGCAUCGUCAGUAGCCGUUCAUCAGAGACCUAUGGCAUCAGGACGGAGUGGUUUGGCAUCCCCUUUUGGCACUAUUUGCAGUCCCCAAGAGUCAUCCUCCAGCCAGAAGUCCACCCUGCCAACUGCUGGGCAUUCAGGCGCCCCCGGGGCUUUGUCGUGGUGCACUUAUCUGCCCAAAUCCAGCUCACUGCCGUCACCUUGAAGAACGUGCCCAAAUCCCUGUCACUAACCGGUGACAUCCCCAGUGCCCCAAAGGACUUUGUCAUCUUGCUCCCUCAAACUGCUCAUGAGACCUGAGACUUCAGUAUUUGCCAAAUUGAGUGUUUCAACAGAUGCAGGGAAGAAGGGAAGA